CUUUACACAGAGAGUGUAGGAGUAAAUAGGGGGAAAGAGGGAGAAAGAGGGAGAGAAAGCAAAAGAGAGAGACAACACAGAAAGAGUUAGAACUUGCUUUUGGACCCAGACAACAGAGCAGGAGUGACCUGGCCAAGAUGAGCAGCAAUACAUUCAGGAUGGAGGAACAGGGCAGAGUGAGUCGAGCCUCUAGUGUAGUCACCAUUUCAUCAACCAGAGAAAUGGCUGAAACAAAACUGCAGUCAUUUAGUAAACGGUCUGGCUCAGUGCAGAGAGAUCCAAACUGCGCAGUAGUGAUCAGAGGAUGGCUUUAUAAACGAGACAGUAUGGGGCUGAAGUUGUGGAAGAAGAGGUGGUUUGUUUUAUCUAACUACUGUCUCUUUUACUAUAAAGACAGUAGGGAGGAAGGUGUGUUAGGAAGUCUUCCCCUCCCCAGCUAUAAGAUUUUCUUUUGCUCUCCAAGAGAGUGUAAAAACAGGAAGUAUGCUUUUAAGGUAGUUCAUCAGGGAAUGCGUUCAUAUUUACUCAGUGCUGAUACUCAGGAAGACAUGUUGGGUUGGGUCAGAGCUCUCAGCCAAUCAGCAAACAUGGAGACAGAUGACUUCAUCAACAGACGCUGCUCCAGCUAUCACGACUUCUCUCAGAUAGGGGGCAGCAGUGAGUCAGUAACCCCCCUGCAUGGGGACCGGAGCCAGAGCAAUCCAUUCCAUCAUGCUUCAGGGAGCAUGGAGAUGGUGGACCACAGAGGCAGACACAGAGCACCCAGUUUGGAUCGCACAGGUGAUCACUUUCUAUGUCAGGGUUCAGGUCCUUCAACUCCCAGAAGUCAUUAUGAGUCACGAUCUCACAGCCCAGUGGGCAGAGUUGACCCACGACAUCAGGAGAUUCUUUGUGCUCAGCUGCCCCCUUUACCCCCCUCCAGAAUUACCCAUAAUCCUCCAGGUUCUCUCCAUCACCACACUGCCCCUGUGUGUGGGUUUCCACCAAGUAUGCAUGAAGAGACACACAAACUCGCAGCAUUACAGGGAGACACAGAUAUGGUCCUGACUUGUUUAUGUGGCUGUGAUAAAGUGCUACAGACUCUCUGUGUAGAACUGGAUCUCUUACAACAGGACAAGGAGCACGCUGAGUUUGCCUUGGACAUAUCUCGUAUAGAGUUAGCCAAGAGGCAGUUGAAAGAACAGCAGAUAUCACAGAAGACUUUACUGCAGGAGGAGUUGGUCACAAUCAGAGCCAGAAUGUGUGACUUAUCACAGGAGAUGGAGAGGGUGUGGUUGGACUACAAGCGGAUGGAGAGUGAACUGUCUGUGUUUCGUUCCCACCUGCAGCACAUCUGCCAUUUUGGACUUUCACAGGAACGUUCCAGGGCUCAGAAGCAGAUCUGGAUGAUGGAUGAUAUUCUGAGUGGUCUGAAGCCCAAUAGAAGUCGUUUUAAAGCACUGAUGGCUGCACACACUCCAACAAUGUUUCCACUCCUUCAAAACUUAUCUCUUCAUCCAGAGGAAAGUGUGCACUACUGGGGGGAGGAGUUAGAAGCACCAGCUCGACCCCCACUACCUCUGGAGAUAAAUAACACUAAUGAGACCGCAAAGCUGAUGCCAGAGUGGGCGGAGCCAAAGUACACACUGCCAUACAGCCCUGUUACACUUAGCACACACUCCUCUACACACACCAACACACCCAGUGCAGAAUGUCAGUCUCUGUGUUUAGGGGCGGAGACUAAUCUACAGUCCGAUCAUUCGAAAGCGAUGCUCGGGAGAUUAGAGCAGAACAAGCAAAAUAAUAGGAGGAACAGAAACCCGGAUUAUCAGACGAAUGUAGCUGAUAAACCCCGCCCACCGUCUGACUCGUCUCCUGUGUGUCUGAUGAACGUGAUGAGGGCGGAGCUUCCAUCAGCUCUCACUGCACAAAGAGUGUGUGUGGAAGAAUCAAACCUUGAGGAGGAUCAACUAUACACACUGGCCUAUAAACUAGAAGAACAGAGUGAUCAUGUUGAUGUGUGUAUUGGAAACAGAGAAUCUGAUCCUGCCAUGACCUCCGAAGAAAGACACGCUAAGCUGAAACGAGUGGAACGCAUCAAAGAGAGAGUACUGAAGAGUGCUUUAAGACGGAGUGACACGGCUCAUCCUUUGAAAUUUGUUGAUGCCAAAAGACCUGCCAAACAUUCUCUAAGGUCCCCAGAAUCCCUACACAAUGAUAAAACCUGUAACCACGGCAACAAGCAGAUGACUGAGAGAGAUGUGCCUGAAGCCCCUCCCUCUUUCAGUGACUCAGUGACUGCUCCUGCAGCCAUAUCAACCAGUCACAUUUCGACACUCACGAUAAAUAAGACUGUGCCCGAGGUAACGAAUCAGAGAGUGACCCACUCCUCUACGACCAAUCAGAGGGCAGAAUGGUUUCUCUCCACCAGCCACUGGCAGGAGUUCAUUCCUCUGAACAUUCAGGAGGAGGAACUUUUACCAACCAAUCAGCAAUCAGAGACAUCAACAGAUCAGCAUUCAGACACAGCAGCCAAUCAGCAUUCAGAGCUGCCACGUAAUCCUGAUCACUUUAGAGGGGAGAUGACCACAACACCAUUACCUGAUCAAAACGUUCCUAAUCCCUCAGACCCCCCCUCCCAACAGCCAAUAGGAACUAAUGCCGACAGUCACAUGAUGUUCCACUCUGACCACUCAGGGAGGGAGCUGUGCAUCUAUGAGGAGAUUCAGUAUAACGCUCCAAACUCCACUCUACAGGAUGAUGGGAGUGUAGUGGGUGGAGCCAAAGUCCAACAAUCAAACCUUUUCACCAAUCACAAUUCUGACACUCGUCUGUCUGCCAAUCAGCCCACAGCAUUAGAGUUUGGGGGCAGGAUGCUUGAAGCCACUGAAGAAGAAGCGAUAAAGGAGACAGGAAGUGAUGUCAUGACCAGUGCUAAAACUACAAAGCCAGUGUACAGCUGUUGGGGUAAGAACUCGAAAACUAACCACAGUGACUCGUUCCUCAAACCACGUGUUACUGUGGUGAGCACAAGUCUAUAGGGAGAAUCCCAUUACGCCAUCACCUCCUUCUUCUCAUCAGCAUAAUAAUAAUAAUAAUAAUAAUAAUAGGUUUUUGAUUGAUUUAUGUAAAUAUUAUUGUGCGUAUUUGUAACUCGUUCCCUCAACACUGGGAGAACAUCACUACCUAUCCUCAUCUUUUAUCUCCAUCAGCGCAGGGUUAUUACCUUCAUGAUCAUCACUGCUAACUGGCCUGUAUGAAACCCUGGAGCUCACAGACACUGCUGUGUUACUCUGAUACUGUGGUGGAGAAAAGCCUGAGAGAAGGUCAGAUCUCUCACAGUGAGCUCCUGAGGGACAGGGAUGUGUGUUCAUGUGUAUAUCUCACAUUACUGUGGAUGUGUUCAGAGCUACGUAGGGUUGUGGUUAGAUAAAAAUAAACAAACAAAUAAAUAAA